AUGAAGUUUGAAAAGCCUUCCAAGAUCCAGGAGAAGGCAUUGCCUCUUCUGCUUUCGAACCCAGCCCGGAACAUGAUUGGACAGAGCCAGUCGGGAACCGGCAAGACGGCAGCAUUUUCUCUCACGAUGCUUUCUCGUGUUGACGAGAAUCUUGAGCAGGUUCAGGCGAUAUGCCUGUCACCAGCUAGAGAGCUUGCUAGACAGACUUUGGAGGUGAUCCAGCAGAUGGGCAAGUAUACCAAGGUUAAGACCAGACUGGUGGUGCCGGAGUCCGUGGCCAAGGACAACUCCAAGAUUACAGACCAGAUCAUUGUGGGAACCCCUGGGCUUGUUUCAGAUAUGAUUCGUAGAAAAAGGAUUUCCACCAAGGAUGUGAAGGUGUUUGUGCUUGACGAGGCCGACAACAUGUUGGAGGGUGCUAAUACCGGAGGAGGAAGUCUCGGUGACCAGUGUGUCCGUGUGAAACGUGAAUUGCCCAAAGAGACCCAACUGGUGCUCUUUUCAGCUACUUUCCCGGAUAAAGUGCGCGCGUUUGCGGAGAAAUUUGUCCCGAACGCCAACUCAUUGGAGCUGAAGCAUGAGGAGCUUAACGUUGACGGAAUCAAGCAGUUAUACAUGGAUUGUGAGAAUGAAGAAGACAAGUUCAAUGUUCUGUGCGAACUUUACGGUCUUUUGACUAUCGGAUCUUCCAUCAUUUUUGUUCAGACCAGGAACACCGCCAACAUGCUCUAUAAGCGUAUGGAGCAAGAAGGUCACAAGGUGUCGAUCUUGCACGGUGAUCUGGUGCCUAGCGAGAGAGAUAGACUGAUUGAUGACUUCAGAGAGGGCAGGAGCAAGGUGCUCAUAACGACCAACGUUCUGGCCAGAGGAAUCGACAUCGCGUCCGUUUCAAUGGUGGUGAACUACGAUCUGCCCGUUGACAGACAGGGCAACCCAGAUCCUUCCACAUACUUGCACAGAAUCGGAAGAACCGGAAGAUUUGGUCGUGUGGGUGUUUCCAUCAGUUUUGUACACGACAAAAAGAGCUACGAGCAGUUGAUGGCAAUUAGGAGCUACUUUGGCGAUAUCGAGAUGACCAGGGUCCCAACAGAUGACUGGGAUGAGGUCGAAAGGAUCGUGAAGAAGGUUAUCAAGAGUUAA